AUGGACUGUGCCACCAUCAGCGACGAGAACGGAGGCGCUCCUGGCGUCCUUAUCAUCGGAUCAGGCAGUACUGGCCUGGCUUUGGCACAGGGCUUGACAAAGGCUGGCAUCCAGUGCAUCGUAUUUGAGAAGAACCCCACCCAGCAUCGCGAGCGGGACUGGAAUAUGGGGCUGCACUGGGGAGCGCCUGUACUGAAGAGUCUGAUCCCGCAAGAGUGGUGGGAGCAGAUUCAGUCCCUGCAGGUUGACCCUCAUGUGCCGACGAAAGACGAGGAUACGCUCAAUUUCCUCAAUGGCGCGACGGGCGAGCACAUGACUGGCUUCACGUUUGGCCCUUUCUAUCGUUUACGACGGAGCAAGCUGCGAGCAUUGUUGUCUCAGAACCUGGACAUCAGAUACGAUAAAAAGCUGACAGGCAUCUCAUACUCGGAAGACGGUUCCUCUGUUACUGCCCAUUUCGCCGAUGGAACCACUACCACUGGAAAGAUGCUCGUAGGAGCCGAUGGCGCUCGCUCAGCCACUCGAAAGCUGCUCUUAGGCCCAACCCUAGGAGCUAUCAAUCGUCUACCGUACGGAGCAACCUUUGUCCAGACCAAGUUCUCGCGAGAACAAGCCCUAUUUCUCCGGAAGUUCCACCCCCUCUUCCUAGGCGCGGCUCAUCCGAGUAACUACUUUGCCUUCUUCGGCAUGCAAGACGCCGCUGAAGCGGACCGGCCCGAAACCUGGACCUUCUUCUUCUACAUCUCCUGGCGAUACAGCCUCCAGGAGCAAGACGCCACCGCCCAUUGGACGGACGCUCAAAGGCUACAGCAGGUGAAGGAGCUCUCCAAAGGCUUCGCCGACCCCUGGAAGAGCGCGUUCGAAUGGACUCCAGACGACAACCCAGUCUGGUACCUCGGCCUCACAGAUUGGGAUCCCGGAGUCGAGGGCCACAGAUGGAGCAACUAUGGCGGCCGAGUGACCAUGGUGGGAGACGCUGUUCAUCCGAUGACCUACCAGCGCGGCCAGGGACUCAACCAUUCAAUCACCGACGCGGGGAAGCUCACGGCUGCCAUCCAGGCUGUGAGUGGAGAGGAGGACGGUGCGAAGCGGGCUGAGAUCAUCACGGCAUUUGAGAAUGAGAUGAUUGCUAGAGGGGGAGAGGAGGUGAGGACGAGUACUACUAAUACGGGGAUGCUUCAUGACUGGGAGAGUGUUAUGAAGAGCCCGGUUAUGACUGCAGGCCUGAAGAAGGGGGGGGAGUGAGUAGCAUAGUACAUUUGCGCAGCAUUAACUAUUUUAAAAAGGCCCGGGGUGUCUUACAGGGUUUACCAUAGCCCUGAAUGUAAGAUACUAGCGGUCUGAAUCAGGGCUGAUACAAAUGUUUUCCUGCUCAUAGCGUCUAAAUCACACCUCCUCCACUUUGAAGCGAUUUUACUUCAAUUUGAACCUUUCCGUCCGUUACAUUCGUGCAGCUUAAUCUUGUAUUGGCCAAGGGUGUCUUACAGGGUUUACCAUAGCCUCCACAGAACUCUCCGAC